CGACAACCCGGACAACGGGACAACUAAACUAAAGGUAGACUUGAACUGAAGCUUGAAGAGUCGUGGAAAGUUUAUUGCAUUGAAAACUUGUGACAUUUUGGUGUAUUUGUUAGCAAUCUUUAUUCAUUGAGUUGAUUCAUUGUAGUACAGUUAAUUUGUGUAGAAAGACUUUUCCCCAGUUAAGCUUAGCCUAGGCCUAUUCCUAUUUGUAUGUAGGCCUAUAUUCAACAAAAACCAUCCAAAAGCUUCUAGGCCUAUGACACUGUGGAGUAUGUGUAAACGAAGAUAGUAGUCUGGAAUUGAAUUAACAUAAUCUUGUGUAAUUGUGUCAUCUUUUCCCUAAUUAACUUAUAUUGUAGGCCUUGUAGUCAUGUCUUCUUGGCUUGAAAAUCUGACUACUGCUGGGAAUGUGCUACAAAAAAUGUUUAGCAAUACCAGUCCACCAAAUAAAGUUCUGGAGGUGAAGUCUGAUAAGUAUAGCAACAGAACUGUAAUAUGCAGGGAAGACAACAUUGUGUUUUAUGGACCAACAAACAAUGACAAUAAAUAUGAAAUUGUUAUUCUAAGAGCAUACUGUGACCUAGCCUACAGUUUAUACCGCUCUGAAGUGAAGGAUGAAGUUGAAAUUCGUUUUUUGCAGUACAAGGACAAAAUACCUGUUCUAAUAUCAAUCUCUGCAACGGUCAACUCUCUGAGUGGCAUCCAGAAAGUUUGUGACGUAAUUCAAGACCAUCCAUCAUGGACUAUCACACACUUGGCUGUCUUCUUGAACCUGACAGACUGCUUGAAUUCAGAACAAGUUCUUAGUCACCUCAACACACCCGAUGCACUGAAGGGGGAGUCUCCGCUGAUGUUGGCCAUCAAAGAGCAGCAGCUGGCCGUAGUCAAGGCACUGGUCAACGCCAAGGCUUCCCUGGAACAUCUAGACCACGAGGCCAACUCUGUGUUCCAUUAUGCAGCGUCUACCAAUAAGGAUAUCAUACUGGCUCUGCUGACCAGCGGACAGCCCAGGUGUCUCAACUACCGCAACAUCUGUGGCUACACUCCGCUCCACAUUGCGUGUCUGGCUGAUAAGCCGGACUGUGUGCAGACGCUGCUGGCGCAAGGAGCCGACGUCAAUAUCUCAGCGACCAAGGGACAGAUCAGCACCAUGCCGCCAGGAUUUGUUGGUGACUUUAUGGAAGGCAACGCUAAGAAGCUCUAUGUGCAGGAUAUGAAGUUUGGCGGGACCCCUUUACACUGGGCAUCUUCUCGUGAAGUUAUUGAGCAGCUGGUAGAUCGCAACUGUGACCUCAACGUCCUUAAUUUUGACAAGCGAACAGCACUACAUGUCAUGGUGAUGAGAAACAGGCUGGAUUGUGUUGUGGCACUACUGAGUAGACACGCAGACCCAGACAUAGGAGAUGUAGAUGGCAACACUGCAUUACAUUUUGCUGUUAAAGCCAAUAAUAUCCCUGUUAUUCAAGCACUCAUUGUGUUUGGUGCCGAUCUUUCAUCCAUGAACAAUGAAGGCCACACAGUCAGACACUUUGCUGCUCAAGAAACAGACGAAGUCAGUAACAAGGUGCUGUUUCUACUACAUGCUGUAGGAGCACCGAGGUGUGUACCUGACAUACACGGUUGUACAGAUGGAUGUUUGCCAAAUGGUACCAGGGAUGGCAUACCACCUCCAGACCCACCCUGUGCUCAGGUACGAGCCAUUAUGAAGUGUUUCCAGCAAGGUAGUGCAGGUGGAGGAGGGAGUAGAGACACUGUGGGUGGGCGAGUGUUGUGUCUGGACGGAGGAGGGAUUAGAGGCCUGGUGCUGGUCACUAUACUGCUACAUGUGGAGGCUAGAGUGCAGCAACCCAUCAUACACUCCUUCGACUGGAUUGCUGGUACCUCUACUGGUGCCAUUCUAGCCCUAGCACUUGCUGCAGGCAAGUCACUCAAGGACUGUUUGUGCUUGUAUUUCCGCAUGAAGGAGUACGCAUUCGUAGGACCCAAGCCAUACCCCAGUGAGCCCCUGGAGACAAUGCUGCAGCAGGCACUUGGCACAGAGACUGUCAUGGCUGACACUGAACAUCCCAAGUUGAUAAUCACUGGAGUUCUCGCAGAUAGAAAGCCAGUAGAUCUGCACUUGUUCCGCAACUACCCAUCGCCAAGUGAAUUGCUGGAUCCGCAUGACGCAAGCAGAGGAGACUACCCAGCGCCGGCCUCGCGAUAUGAACAGCUAGUAUGGAAGGCGGCACGUGCCAGUGGGGCGGCACCAUCCUACUUUAGGGCGUUUGGUCGGUACAUUGACGGAGGUUUGAUUGCCAACAACCCGACUAUGGACGCAUUGACAGAGAUACAUGAGUACAACACGGCACUACGGUGUUUAGGACGGGAUGCUGAGGUGAAGCCUCCUACAGUAGUGGUGUCAGUGGGCACUGGCUGUAUACCAGUCAAACAGCUGCCACCAGUUGACGUGUUCAGGCCUGAGAGUAUUUGGGACUCUGCCAGACUGGUUAUGGGUAUCUCAGCACUAGGUACACUACUGGUGGACCAAGCCACCCUGGCUGAUGGCAGAGUCAUUGACAGGUGUAAUGCCUGGUGCAGUAUGAUCGGUGUUCCAUACUUCAGAUUUUCACCACAAUUAUCAGAAGACGUCGCAAUGGAUGAAAAAAAUGAUGCGAAGCUGGUGAACAUGCUUUGGGAGACAAAGGCGUAUAUUAUGAGGAACGACGAGGCUGUAUGUCGCUUGGCGAGCCUGCUCACCGGCAACCGGUCUCUUGCUCAAGGUGCCCACAGUUAACAAGAGUAGCAGCCAGUCUUGGAUAAUUAUUACAUAUAAAUGAUCAGACCACGCAUACACAUGAGGGCUCUCUCCAAUUCACACAUCAGGGAUACUUUCAUACCAAAAUAUUCUACAUUUUUACUCCAUGUGAACCAAUAUUUUUUUGGUAAUACACACAAGAGGGCUUGUUAUAUUUUAUUUUAGAUUUUCUCUUAUAUCCUCAUUUAUAUUCUAAAUACAAUUAUUUAGAAUGUUAUUCUUAAUUUUAGGAAAACAAUUAAGUUAGUUAUAGUUGAAGUUGAGUUAAUUGGUGUGUAUGGUUUCCAAUUAAAGAAUCAUCUUAAAAUCCAUGUACCAUUAAAGUUAUUUUAUAAUUUUAUCUUGCAAAACUUGUAAACAAGUGUUUUUUCUAAGAGGUUUGUAAGAUUGUUUACAAUUGGUUGUUCCUCAAUGGUUCCUUAACUGGAUUUUGUAAUACACAUAUUACGUUUCCUAGCUUUAAAUCUUAUUUUAUAGUUUGCUUAUUCUUGUUAAAGUUUAAACCAUUCUUGAACUAUACUUUAUUCACAAUAUUUAGGUGGUUUGAGAGGAAGUUUCCCCACUACUUUUUUUGUAUUUAAUGUUUGUUGCUUGAUCAGCUAUUGAGCUAUUAUUUUAAAAACAAGGAGUCAAUUGGAGGGGAUAGAUUUAUUCUUCUAAAACUGCAAAAAUAUUGUGAACGAAGAAUAGAAAAAUGCACAUGUGAUAAAUAUCAUAAUGUAAGUUUAUUUAAGUUAGUAUUGUUUAGAAAAAUAGGUUUUGUUUAUGAAGAAUAAACAAAUUUAGAAAAUACCAAGGCGUGCUUUAUUAUUUAUAAUUUUGUUACUGAAUAAACUCUUUGACUAAGACAAAACUUGUACUUCUUUCUAGUCUUAUAUUGAAUACUUUGAAUUUUACCUUUUGUAUAUAGUUUUAAUAUCUGUUGUAAUAUUAUAAUUUCUAUUAUCUCUUGGGGAAAGUUACUCUACAAACAAUAAUAAUAAUGCAGAUUGUUAAAAGCAAAGUAUCAUACUAGUAUUUAUGUAUAUAAAUGAUUUCCUGUGAUAUAUUAUUUUACGAAUAACGUUAAAAAAAUCAAUAUGGCAAAUCAUCAGGCAUUAAAUUUUAGGCUUGGCUGCACCUUUCUUUACUCGAUAAAUUUCUUUAUUUGGGAUCUCUCAAAGAGAUACAAUGGCGUCACAAACAAUGUCAGUGGAGCCUAAAACUCAAACCCAACGCUUUAAUAAAAUUUGUCUGUAUGCUUGAACUGCCUUCCCAUGUCUCUCUAAUUGUGUAUUACAGAGACAAGGGAAGGCAGUUCAAACAAGAAUAAGACCAAUGUGGAUGGUUGGGCUGAUACAAAAGAAGCAUAAGGAGAAUGUCUGAUCAAAUAUAAUAAUACCUCAGGUCUAACCUCAAACUCAUGAUUGAGAUCCUUUCCAUAGUUCUGUUAUUUAGUAGUGUAGCUUUUAAUUGAGCAGUUUUCUAAAAAUCAUUUGACUCGGAUCAUAACAUAAUAGUAUUUUUAAUCGUUGAGAAUCAUAACAUGAGUACCUACCUAAAUAUAAUUUUCUAUAAUUUAAUUUUAAUUCUUAGCUAGGCUGUGUUUAGCCUUUUAGAGUGCUUUGCACCAUACGGUUCAUAGGAUGUUCCAUGAGGAUUUCCAAAUAAAUAUUCCAUGACAAAUAAUUACUCACUUUGUAUAAGUAAUAUGUAUGAUGUUUGUAAUUCUCCAUAAACAGCUUGCACAAUCGUGUAUGUAAUAAUCAAGAAGCUAUUUAAUAAUUAGCCUAAUCAUAAAGUUAGUCAUGUCCAGCUAGUUUCUUAUGUUACUGUUGUAUCCAUGAAAUGUUAUCUGUUUAAUAAAUUGAAUGAAUUAA